GCCUUCAGACAAGGGAGGCCUAUGCCCCAUCAGCCACUUCUGUCCAGAAGGAACCAGCCACCCCCUUCCGUGCCACGCAGGAAGCUACAAUAACCUCACGAGGCAGGCUGCCUGCUUCCCGUGUCGACCCGGAUACUACUGCCCUGAAAAUACCACCGACUACAGUGGGUUUCCCUGCCCACCCGGCUUCUACUGCCCCAGAGGAACCAAGUAUGCCACGCAGUUCCCCUGCCCUCGCGGUUAUUACAACCCCGACCCCAUGAGCCACAGCCUGGAUAGCUGCUUGCCCUGUCUGCCGGGCCAUUUCUGCGGGAAGGAAAACUUAACGACCGUCUCGGGGAAAUGCGAUGCAGGCUGGUUCUGCAUUUCAGCAGCCUGGACACCCCAGCCUUUUGAUCUGGAUAAUUAUACCAACGAUAACUGCCUCUGUCCAGCCACAGCCACUGGAGCAAAAUGCUCCCCGGGGUUCUAUUGCCCAGAAGGCAGCCCGGAACCGGUUCCGUGUCCUCCGGGAUUUUACUGCAAUGCACCAGGCCUCUCUGCUCCCAGUGGGGAGUGUGCAGCCGGAUUUUAUUGUAUGAGCGGAGCAGCUUCUUCCAAACCAGUUGAUGGAGUUACAGGCAAUGUCUGUCCACAAGGAACCUACUGCCCUGCUGGAUCCUCAAAACCGAGCCUUUGCCAACCUGGCACCUUCUCCAACUUGCUGGGCCAAGGUGGAGCUUCCGAUUGCCAACUCUGCCCCUCCGGGUUUUACUGUGAAGGAACAGGACUGCAGACCCCCACUGGAGAAUGCUGGGAAGGCUAUUAUUGUGACAACAACCAGGGACCUAUCAGCGACUUCACUCUCUACCCCUGUCUCCAGGGCUAUUAUUGCCCACCAGGUACACAGCGGUCCACCCAGUACAGCUGCCCCCCUGGGACAUUUGGACCCCGACAGAAACUCAAGAGUAUCCAGGAAUGUCAGAGUUGCCCACCAGGAAAAUUCUGUUCAUCCCCUGGGCUGGCAGCUCCAACAGGAGAUUGCUCGGAGGGAUUUUGGUGCAAGGGAGGUGCACGGAUUCCCAAUCCGAUGGAUGGUGUCUCAGGAGCUCCCUGCCCACCUGGACAUUACUGUCCAUCAGGAACCCUCAGUCCAUUGGCGUGUCCACACGGAACCUGGUCUGGUGACCUGGAGAAUAAAAACCUCCAGAGUUGCCAACCCUGCCCCGGAGGACAUUUCUGCAACGGCAGCGGCCUCAUGGCUCCAUCGGGACGUUGCACAGCUGGGUUUUACUGCCUCUCUGGGUCUAUAACACCAACACCCACAGAUGGGAUCACAGGAGCUCCCUGCCCCAUGGGGCACUUCUGUCCCUCAGGCAGUGAGAGUCCCAUGCCCUGCCCACCUGGCUCCUACCUGGCUGACACACCUGGACAGGAAAGGUGCCACCAAUGCCCAGAGGGAAAGUAUUGCAUCCCUGGUCAUAUGCCACAGCUUUGCCCCAAAGGCUUCUACUGCCCUGAAGGCACAGGCUUGACCUGGCAGCCCUGUCCCCCAGGGACCUACAGCCCUAACCAAGGGGUCAGUCACCGCACCGACUGCAGAACUUGCGACGGAGGGAAGUUCUGCCUGUACCCAAAUGCAUCGGAUGUGACGGGGCAAUGCCAGGAAGGGUAUUACUGUUCCCAGGGAGCAGACAGGCCUGAUCCUGAGACCCAGCACGAUGGUCAUGCAGGUCCUUGUCCUACCGGUCACUAUUGUCCAAGGGGCACUGCUGUCCCCCAGCCCUGUCCUGUAGGAACCUUUGGUGCCAGGAACAAACUAAGCUCUGAGGUAGGACCAGAAACCGAGUGA